AUGGUGAAAACGUCAGAAACAUCUCUUUACAAAGUUUAUGAAACAUCACAGAUUUUGUUACGAGUUUCUGUGACAACAUCUGAAGUUAAACUUGUUACGAAACAUUUGAAGCCUUCCCUAAACUCUUCUCAAACUGAAUUUAGGCCACAACACUCUCAAAACGCAUUGCAUUCAAUAAAAUGCAGUUGUGUGAACACAUCAAGCAAGACAAGACAAGACACAACACAAUGA